AUGAGGGAGAGUGACUGCUGUCACCGCAUUAACUUGUACAGCAUUGUGCAAUACUUGCUGGGACCCAAGGUCAGAGUUGAGUAUGCCCAGGUUAUGCAGAUGUAUCUUCCAUUUUGUGGAAUUGCCAUAUCCAAUGCUCAGCUCUUUGCUGCCUCGAGGAAAGAAUAUGAAAGAAGCAGGGAGCGUAAUAUCUACUACCUGUACAUAGCCUGCUAUUCUGAAAUCUCUGGGAAGAGCCAUGCUUUGCUGGAGGUUGUUAAUGACCUCUUUGAAGAACAGACUGACUUGGAGAAAAUUGUCAAGAAAAUAAUGCAUCGGGCCCAAACUCUGUUGAAAUGUGAACGCUGUUCUGUUUUGCUCCUAGAAGACAUUGAAUCACCAGUGGUGAAGUUCACCAAAUCCUUUGAAUUGAUGUCCCCAAAGUGCAGUGCUGAUGCUGAGAACAGUUUCAAAGAAAGCGUGGAGAAAUCAUCAUAUUCCGACUGGCUCGUAAAUAACAGUGUUGCUGAGCUCGUAGCUUCCACAGGCCUUCCCGUGAACAUCAGCGAUGCCUACCAGGAUCCUCGCUUUGAUGCUGAGGCUGACCAGAUAUCAGGAUUUCAUAUAAGAUCUGUUCUCUGCGUCCCUAUUUGGAAUAGCAACCACCAAAUAAUUGGAGUGGCUCAAGUGUUAAAUAGACUUGACGGGAAAGCUUUUGAUGAUGCAGAUCAACGACUUUUUGAGGCUUUUGUCAUCUUCUGUGGCCUGGGCAUCAACAACACAAUUAUGUACAAUCAAGUGAAGAAGUCUUGGGCCAAGCAGUCCGUGGCUCUUGAUGUGCUGUCAUACCAUGCAACAUGUUCAAAAGCCGAAGUUGACAAGUUUAAGGCAGCCAACGUCCCUCUGGUGUCAGAACUUGCCAUCAAUGACAUCCAUUUUGAUGACUUCUCUCUUGAUGUUGACGCCAUGAUCACAGCCGCUCUCCGGAUGUUCAUGGAGCUGGGGAUGGUACAGAAAUUUAAAAUUGACUAUGAGACGCUGUGCAGGUGGUUAUUGACUGUGAGGAAAAAUUAUCGAAUGGUUCUCUACCACAACUGGAGACACGCCUUCAACGUGUGCCAGCUGAUGUUUGCGAUGCUGACGACCGCAGGGUUUCAAGAGAUUCUGACCGAGGUGGAAAUUUUAGCGGUGAUUGUGGGAUGCCUGUGUCAUGACCUCGACCACAGGGGAACCAACAAUGCCUUCCAAGCUAAGAGCGGCUCUGCCCUGGCCCAACUCUAUGGAACUUCCGCUACCUUGGAGCACCACCAUUUUAACCAUGCUGUGAUGAUCCUUCAGAGUGAGGGUCACAACAUCUUUGCUAAUUUGUCCUCCAAGGAAUAUAGUGACCUUAUGCAGCUUUUGAAGCAGUCAAUAUUAGCAACGGACCUCACGCUGUACUUUGAGAGGAGGACUGAAUUCUUUGAACUUGUCAGUAAAGGAGACUAUGAUUGGAACAUCAAAAACCAUCGUGAUAUAUUUCGAUCAAUGUUAAUGACAGCCUGUGACCUUGGAGCCGUGACCAAACCGUGGGAGAUCUCAAGACAGGUGGCUGAACUUGUAACCAGUGAGUUCUUUGAACAAGGAGAUCGGGAGAGAGCAGAGCUCAAACUCACUCCUUCAGCGAUUUUUGAUCGGAACCGGAAAGAUGAACUGCCCCGACUGCAGUUGGAGUGGAUUGAUAGCAUCUGUAUGCCUUUGUAUCAGGCGUUGGUGAAGGUCAAUGUGAAACUGAAGCCGAUGCUGGAUUCCGUGGCCGCGAACAGAAGAAAGUGGGAAGAGCUGCACCAGAAAAGGCUGCUGGCGUCUGCUGCCUCUGCCUCUCCCUCCUCCUCCAGCCUCAUGCUGGCCGCAGAGGAAGACAGAAACUAACCAUCCAGCUUCGCUGCCAUGGCAAAAUGACUGUGUCCUGACGGGCCGGCUUUGUCCAGUCCACAGCAUCCCUUUGUUGCUUUUAGCUCCUGUGGACAGAGUCUCAGUUUGCGUGGGGAAGCAUGCCUGGGCUUUUACCUUGAAGUGCGGUUAGCACAAUAGGAGGAAUGGAGCAGCAGGUGGGGAGGGAGAGCCGCCCAGGGGCCUCAGCUUUUCCUGCGAGCAUCCAGGGGCUGAGCCUGAGACAGGGCCGCUGGGCAGAGGAGCCAGGACCUGAGCACAGCCAGCCGUGGUCCUUCCCAACCCAGGGAGCCCGGAGCAGUGAGGACACCCUUAGCGCUGCUUCACUUCCUAGCUCACCCUUCAUUGGUUACAGGCUAAGCAAGGCCUGCCUUUGCAUCCCCUCCUGAGCCCUCUUUUGUCCCCAGAAUCCCACUUUGUAUUCUGUAGCGGUAUCUUAUUUUUAUCCUAAAGCUUCUUAAUGUUGGAUCAGAGCCUUUAGAAUUGCCUAAGAGAUAAACUCUCUAAUUGCCUCCUUAAGAGAUAAACUAUAGUAUUCUUUAAAAAAAAUAAUCAUUUCUAGUUUUCCCCUUAAAAAGGCCCAUAGUAGGGAGACAACAGAUGUGUUUGUGUCACUGGUGUUUAUACAACAUUCAUAACACUGCAUUGGGAUUGCGGUCACCUUUUUCAGUUUUUUUAAAUUAAACCUUCGUUGUAGACCAAGCCUUCUCCCAGAAGGAAAGGGGUAAUAGACUUUAAUUAAAGGAGGGAUGAAAGGAAGUCCGUAGCUGGAUUUACCACAAGAAACACAUGAGUACUUGGGAACUAUUCCCAAUAGCAGAGACAUUUUAUGGACAUAGAAACACGGAGAAUGAUCAGUGACUACCCUGAGUUCUCUUAGGGAUAAAUUUUUGUAUACCAUGUAAGGUUCCCACCAAAACCAACCUAAAGCCAAAUGCAGUGGUCCCCGAUUUUUUAUUUUUCCUUAAGUGUAAGAAAUAAUGCUUGAAAAGUGAAGAGAUAACAGUCUGGCCUGAAGACAAAUACAUAUUGUCUAGGAAACUAAGUUUAUAAUUAAAAUAAACAAUA